AAUAAUUAAUUAUACACGGCAAUGAAAACUUGAGUGAUGACAAAGAAUCAUAUUGUAGAAUUAUGAUUUCACCCAAAGAUAUCCUAAUGACAUCAUCAUAUUGAAAUACUAGAUUUGCUUAUACGUACACGUAUACAUACAAACACAUACAUUUACAUUUUUAUACGUGAUUCUUACGUGUAUAUAAGACAUACGAUGCUCUAUAUGGCCACAUAUGUGUCUCAAUCGGUCUAUAUAUUUCAUAUUUCCUCAUUGUUAUCUUUUUCUUCUCCAUCCUCAUCGAUCAUAUCAUCUCUCUUUAACUCUCUCUAGUCUUCUCGAAAAAUAUACAUUUUUGAUAUUACAAUAAUGUCGGAAGAAUUUCAAGAAUCAGAUAUUAUAUUUUCCGACCAAUCCAAAAUCCAGAAAACUAAACUCUUUAACACAAGAAACGACGAGAAGAAGGGUACAAGACGGCAGGUGACGGCGGAGAAAACAUCUCCGGUGAGAAUUCCGACGAAUAAUUUUCGAUAUUUUAAAUGGGACACGACGGAGGAGGAGGAAGAAGAUAAGACUCCUCCACAUGUAAUUAUCGAAAGAAGAAUGAAAGAGCAAAUUGCGUUUUCCGUUUGUACUCUAAAAGGAAGAGACUUGAGCCGUCACCGGAACUCCGUUCUUAAGAUGACCGGUUUUUUAGAAGCUUGAUUACUUAACCGGCCGGUUCAAUUUGUUUUAUUUUCAUUAAUUGACCGGUUUAGUGUUGGGAGUUUUUUUUGUUUUUUGUUUUUUAUCCACUGUUGGGAGUUUUUUUUUCUUCCCGUUUGGGAGUGUAUUGGAUAAAUCCCCGACAUGUCUUGUAGUACUAUCUAAUUAAAUUAUAUUUAUUUGGUUACUUGA